GGCAGAGUUCGGCAUCAGUCGCAGCUCCACAGCGCCGACAAGCCCUCUCUUCCCUUUCUCUUCCUCCUCACUGCCGCCUUACGUUUCGUGAGAGUCCGCUCUUGAUCCUUGCUACAUACAGACUAGCAACAAGAUGAAGACCACAGGUGUCAUCGCUCUAGUCUGUUUCGCUGUCGUCCUGUGCGAGGCAGCUCCUUCAGAAAUUGCUGCAGCAGAAGUCAGGGUGAAGCGCGACCACGGCGACGGCGGUGACGGCGGCUUCGAGUACGGCGGCUUCGGCGCCGCUUCGGGCCACCACGGCUUCGGCGGCGGCUUCGGCGGCGGCCACGGCGGCGGCCACGGCGGACACGGCCACAGCAUCGGCGCCGGACUCGUCUCGAUCGCGCAGGGAGCCGUCGACGCGGCCAGGAACGCCGUCUCCAACCAGCACGAGGCGGCGGGGCAGGCCGCCUUCCAGGCCAAGAACCAGCUGGCGCAGAACGCCGCCGCCGCCGCCGCCACCGCGCAGGCCGCCCUCGCCGGCAAGCAGGUGAUCGUGGCUAACCUGGAGCAGCAGGCGCGCGACACGCACGCGCAGGUGGAGUCCGAGCUGCUGCAGCUGGAGCAGGCGCAGCGCGCCGCCACGGCCGCCUCGCAGGCCGCCGCCCAGGCGCAGCACCAGGUGCGCGCCGUCACCGCCGCGCUCAACGCCGCCCAGGGCGCGGCAGACCAGGCGCAGCGCGCUCAGCAGGAGGCCCAGGGCGAGCUGGCCUCGCAGUCCAACAUGGUGGCGGCGGCGCGCACGCGCCUGGGCCAGGUGGAGGGCCAGCUGCGCGACGCUCGCGCCGACCUGGAGGCGACGCAGCAGGCGGCGCUGCACGCGGCGGCCGCGGCCCAGGCUGCGCAGGCAAACGCCAACAAGCACGCGCACGGCCUGCACGGCGGCUUCCACGGCGACGGUGGCGCCGGCGCCGGCUUCGGCGGCGGCUACCACUACUAG